AAUAAAAAGAAAUUGGAAAAACCGCGUAGCGUAGCUAUGAUGCGGCAAAGUACUAUAAAAUAUGGACGACCGACGACAAUUGGCUCUCUCUCUCUCUCUCCGACGCUCUCCGUCAAAUAUCGUCGAUCGACCGGUCACCGGAUCAAAUGGCCGACGCUGACGAGCUUGACGAAAUCGUCCGCCGAAAGCUGGCGACUUUGAUCUCAAGAGUCACCCAGGAAAUCGAAUUCCGUUGGGACGACGAGUGCCUUCCACUGUUGAGAAGACUUCUUCAUGUUUUGGAUCCAGUGGGGGACCUCAUUUCUUUUGAAUUGCGAAGAAUAAAAAACUCUCCGACUUGGGAAGUCGUGGAAAGAAAGCGGAAAAGCCCGAUGGACUUGGUUUCGACUGCAUUGCAGCUCAAAAUGAGAUUGGAUACUCACUGGAAUGAAAGACAUGAUUGCGACCAUAGCAUAUUUGUGGAACAGAGGGGUUUGUUAUAUGAGACUACUGGCCCAAGGUGAUGAUUGGGAAAUUUUCUUCAAGGUAUGGACUACGAUAAUAUAUUAUUUUGAGUGAAGUGCAUGACUCUACAAGUAUUUUUUCAAUUUCAUGUUUCAAGUAAUUUCUGUCCGUAACCUUUUCCGAGCACAGGGUAUUAGCAUUGCAGGUUUAGUUGUUAAAAUUUGGUGUAUUAGGAAAAUUUGACUAUUCAAUUUAGCUUUUAUCUUUAACUAUUCAAUUUGGAGUGUUUAAGUUAAUUACACUGCAAUUGACUGUGAAUGCUAGUUAAGAAGCUUCGAAUGCUACUUCCAAAUCCUAUUGUGUAACUUACUUAUAAUACUUGUUGGAGAAAUGAUAAUUAGGUGUCCUUUUCCCAAGGGGUUUAUCUUUAUCUCUUUUUGAGAUCCCUGAAAUGGUAGUGAAAGACAUGAUUGCGACCAUAGCAUAUUUGUGGAACUGAGGGGUUUGUUAUAUGAGACUAGUGGCCCAAGGUGAUAAUUGAGAAAUUUUCUUCAAGGUAUGGACUACGAUAAUAUAUUAUUUUGAGUGAAGUGCAUGACUCUACAAGUAUUUUUCCAAUUUCAUGUUUCAUGUAAUUUAUGUCUGUAACCUUUUCUGAGCACAGGGUAUGAGCAUUGCAGGUUUAGUUGUUAAAAUUCUUUGGUGUAUGGUAUUUGAAUUACCACAGUGGUGCUUGCUUUAUUGUUUGUUAUUUGUGUCAAGGAAUUAUGUUUUUGUUUUUCCAUAGUUAAAUGCAGGCUAUGGCUUAAGUAAUGUGUAACUGAUUUUAGAGAUAACGAAAUAUGAAAGUUCAAUAAUGUAACCCAGCUUAGGAAAAUCAUUAUUGUUGCUGAGGCGUGAAGUACAAGUAUGUAUGUUUGCCUUUUUCCUUGAAUUAAAUUUGACAUAAAUAUCAUAUCUUUAGCAUUCUUCAGUAUCUUUAAAAACAAUAGCGCACAAUCAAGGCUCGGUCCUUUCAACACCUCCAUCUUUACUUGGUCCUUUCGACCAAAGCUGAAUUGCAGAUCCAGUUCAAAGAAGUUUGCAUUGAUUUUCUUUUCCUUUUCCCUAUAUUCAUUUGUGUACAGAUUGGUUGCAUCAACUUGAUACAUUUCUUUAAUUUUACCAGUUAUUUUAUCAAUAAAUCUCUCGUUUCUUAGGCAAAUUUUGAUAUUUCUUUGUUCAAUCUUUGAUAUGUAUGGAGAGUUUCAUUGACAGCAGUUGUUCUCUUGCGGACAUCUUACAAUAAUCUUUUGUAAUUAAUACAGUUUGCAGCUUCCCUCUAUUUUCUCAAGUUGAUUUCGUCACAAGCCUUGACUGUGGUGAUAGGUGUAUGUAAGGGAACGCCAGUUUCACCAUGCUAGAGUUAAUCAAUCUUUUGUUAAUUUGAACUUUGGAACUUCAUAUUGAUCUUGUUGGAAAUAUUUUGCAGCACUGGUGUUAGCUUUCAUGCUGUAUUUCAUAUACGAGCAGUAUGAAUCAGAAGUUGCGAAGCUUAAUCUACCUGCUUCUGUGCAACUCUUUCUUGAAAACCAUGGAAUUUUGAUGCGUCACAUGUGACAAUUAGCAUCCAAAGUAACUGCCACAACCACUUGGAUGGCAUUUGGGCAUAGUUUUUCUAACUGGACAAAUUCAAUAUUCUGCUAGUUUAGGGUUGUAUGAAAAUA